AUGAUGAUGCAUCAGCAUCAGACGGCACCUGUUACUUCUUCACAUCAACACCAUCAUAUCAAUUCUGCUCCUCCUUCUGUUAGGUCACCCCACCAGCUGCCUUCGCCUACCCUUUUUACUCUAGACUCCAAUGGACCCGCCAGGAUUCGACUCUCUGACAUUUUGCCCUAUGAUGGGGCCCCCGUUGGGUCCUACACUAAGGCCGUUGAUGCCUUGUCGGGUUCCCUCAUGAGGCACAACGCCGCCGUUAUCGAGCUUGGCACUGCUGACAUGGCCCUGAUCCGCUGUGCCCUUGAGGCUUCCCGGUUCUACUUUCGGACUCGGUCCCAGAGUGGUAAGGGUGGUCGAGGGGUUUAUAUGUACCGGGCUGGAAGGCCUUUAGAAGAUGUGGAUUCAUCUCCUCCAUGCAUGGCCGAUGUUUUUAGAUGCAUGGGAAAGGCAGCUCAUGCUGCUUUAUGUGCAAUUGCAAGGCAUCUUCGUUUGCGAAGCGAUGUUUUUAACCACUUGCUUGAUGAUCGCCCAUUGCCUGCUAAUGAAGCAUCUUCAUCGGUUCUUGUUGCUAUGCACUCUCACACGUCGUCACAAUAUGGAAAAGGAGCUAUUGGGGGAGGGAAGAUUGCAGUGAGUGGAGAAGUAGAGAAAGGAUUGUUGACACUGAUUUCAUCAGAUGCCCCUGGUCUUCAGGUUUGUGACCCCAAUGGUCGUUGGUACCUAGCGGAUAGUAGCUUGGUCCAUGGGGACCUCUUACUUCUCACGGGGAAGGCUCUCAGCCAUGCCACUGCUGGCCUUCGCCCUGCAGCUUCUUAUCGGGCUGCACCUGAUAAUUCUCCAGGCUCUGCUAGUGGUGGAAGGACUUUAUUGGCAUUCAGGCUCAUGCCUCAGGGCAAUGCCAUUUUGGACUGUUCUCCAAUUGCAGCAGCUGGGCAUGUAAUUCCUCAAAGCUAUGUGCCAGUCUCUGUAAGCCAGUUUCUGGAUGAUCUUUCUACUGAGGAAGAUGUACUGCACAACAAGAAUGAUAAUGCUUAUAUGGAUCAACAGAUCUCUGGAGAUAAUUUGAAUAGGGAACCAUCACUGAGAAGAAUUCUGUCAGAUCCGUUAUCUGGUGCAUUCCUUGAAGAUGCUAUGCUUGUUUCAUGUGGACAUUCAUUUGGUGGUGUCAUGCUGAGACGGGUUAUAGAAACAUCAAAAUGUACACUGUGCAAUGCAGGAAUUGAGGUGGGGUCUUUGAUCCCUAAUCAUGCUCUGAGAGCUGCUGCUGCAGCAGUGAAGCAAGAGGAUGAUCGACGACUGUUUCACAACGCAGCUCUCCGGAAGCGUAGGAAGGAAGCAAGUGACCACAGGGAAAAUGGAGAUGUUCCUCCUGAAAAUGGGUCACAUAAAGGUGUACAAUAUCCUUUUUCAGUGAAUGAGAAGGUUCUUAUUAAGGGAAACAGGAGGACACCUGAUAAAUUUGUUGGCAAGGAAGCAGUGAUAACAUCAGUGUGUCUUAAUGGCUGGUAUAUGCUUAAGAUUAUUGAGAGUGGAGAAAAUAUUCGACUACAGUACCGUUCUUUAAGAAAAUUUCCCAUGUCCCACGACUCCGAGGACAGAUGUACAACACAGCCAGUUCAGAACAGCAGCUGA